GACUCUCCACUGUAAAGAUGUCUAGCUCUGUAUCAACAACCACUGUCAUCACCCAUGUCCACCCUAAUGAGAACGGCUUGGGGAUGGGGGCCUAUCCUCCCACCUGUAUGGGUCGGGUAGGACCUGUGGUGUCGUCUGUGAUGGAGAAGUUCCGUGAGGGACAUCCUAAGGCUCUGGGGACAGUACAAAUCAUGGUUGGCGCCAUUACAUUUUUGAUUGGAAUCGUGAUGGCUGUUGGUGAGUUGAGUUUUGGAGGAGCAAGUGGUAUAUUCGUCUGGGGCAGCAUCAUUUACAUAAUUGCUGGCUCUCUCACCAUUGCAGCUGAAAAAUCCUUGAACAAGUGCCUGGUGAAGGCUUCGUUGGGAAUGAACGUUGUUGCCACAGUGACUUCAGGCCUAGGCACCGUUUUCUACUCUUUAGAUGCUGCUGGUGUAUCUCACUAUUGUUACUUUUACCAUGACAUUGACUACGGACUAUGUAUGGCGCAACAUCAGGGAAUGUCUGGCGUCAACUUACUUUUCUCUUUGCUGGAGAUGACGGUCACCAUCAGUGUCUCAGCAUUUGCCUGCAAAGCUGUCUGUCAUCCCCCCCCUGAACAGGUGUUCAUCGUUGGCAGUCACUUACCUCAAGGUGGCCCUGUACCUUCACAGACAACAUUCAACAUCCCACCAAAUAGCUAUGAGACUUUGAGGACCCCAACAAGAGCAGAAGAGGGAUUGCCUGCCUACGACAACAACAGACCCCAGUAUAGUCCGGCUAUGAUUCCUUGAGGCUCUUAACCGUGGCUGCUAGCUUGGCUUCUAGGUUCUCUUUCCACUGGUUAGAGGGAAAUUAUACUGACUGUAUGAUGCUUUACCCUGUCAUUUUUUCUCUCUCUCCUUGUAGUUGAAACUCUGGCAAUUAUCCUACCAAAAUUAGCUUAGCAUAAAUGAAUGAUGUAACUAUUAUUGUGUGGAAUUUAAAUCA